UCUGUCCUCAGUUCCCAUGCGAGGUUCCGCUCGGUAUCGUUCAGCCAAGCCACGUCCGAUCGUCUCGAGCGGUGUCAUGUCGCGAGUCAGCCGCCUCUAACGCGAGGAAUCAGCCGGUGAGAAGUGUGUGAAUCUCCUCCACGUGGAAGAGCCCAAGAAACGAUCACAGCAAUGCGGUUCGCCAAGCUGAGACUCUUCACGGCGACGCUCCUCGUCAUCGCGACCCUCGCUAAAGAGGAAAGCUCGUCGUCGAAAAACCGCGACAAACGUCAACAACUCACCUUUCUACGAAAGGUGGGUCGUCUGCCACCAUAUGCGGUGCAAAUGGAACCGAUAGUGCAAUAUUCUCAAAGAGAUCCUUUGUAUAAUCCCUUGGCAAGCCCGAAGAACGACGAUUUAUAUGGAGAGACUCCAUCGAGCUAUUAUCAGACGGAACCCGAGCCGAUUAUCGAGAUCAUCAUCAAAGAAUCUAAUGAAACUCUUCCAACUCCGGUGCCGCUACCACUUUCUUCUCAACCGCGACCUACCAAGGAACCCAUCCAGGUCUUCUACGUAAAAUACGAGAAGAAAAAGGGCUAUGGAGAUAAGACCCGCGUCAUUUACGAUUCACCAAUCCCCGCGCUGACACCCGUGGAGGAGCACGAGGAAAUUAAGCCGGACAACCCGGCACCGUAUGGGGAAGAGCCAACGAAUACGGUGACACCGGCACCGCCUCCGGAACCAUCGACGACUUUACGCGCUAUCAUUCGACCCGAUAGCGAAGUGUACCAUUCCGGUAGUAGCGGUAUCCGCGUGACUUUCGGUACCGAGCAAGUGCCACCCAACAAUCACAACAAGCGUAGCGACUUGGAGACGCCUACAGGCAUUAUUCAACAGCACGUCGGCAAACCAACAACAUCGCCAGGAGCGCCGAAAAGACAGCACGGUCCUUAUCAACCCCUGCAGCCACCGCAACUCCCGCGAGUACCCGCAUUUCCGCAACAGCGCAUUAUCAAUUCAUUCCCGCCGCAACCGCAAGCAACGACGUUCUUGCAACAACAGCUACAGCAGCAACCACUGUUGCAUCAAACGUUUCCACCUCAGCAAUCCUUGAGAAACCCACCGCCGCCACCGCCACCACCAUCGAGACCACUGCAACGUCAUCCCAUAACUAUUCAGGGUCUCCCGGAAGUACAACAACGCGCGACGUUCAACAAUUUUGGUCCGCCACCGCAUCACGUCAACAUCAAUCAUCCGCAGCAACCGGGAUUCCCACCUGCGCUGUCGGUAUCGCAUCAAAGCGUUCAAAUACAGAAUCAACCAUUGUCGUUGCCACAAAAUAAUUUCGCGGAACCGCCCCAGCAACCAUUACCGGUCAGAUCUGGUGGCUUUAAUCCGGAGCAACAACCGUUAUCCAGACAGAAUGGUUUCAACGUGGAGCUUUCACCGCAAUCUCUUCCUCCAUUUAAACAACAGGAGUUGGAGAAACAACGUUACCAUGAGCAACGACGACAGCAAGAGCUAUUGAAGCAACGGGAACAUCAACGACAGCAUGAGCAGCGACAUCAAGAACACCAGCGAUUUUUGGAGCAGCAGAGACAGGUCGAGCAACAAAGAUUGUUGGAGCAGCAGAGACAACAGGAACAUCAGAGGCAGCAAGAGCAUCAGAGACUUCAAGAACAACAACGAUUGCAGGAACAGCAACGCUUGCAAGAACAACAUCGGCUGCAGGAGCAACAACAAUUGCAAGAAUUGCAGCGCUUGCAGGAGCAACGCAGGCGGAAGCAGGAGCAGGAGCUCAAGUUCCUUCAGGAACAACAACGAUAUCGUACACAGCUUAAGUAUAAUCAGGUGCAGCUUCAGCAGCCACAAUUGCAGCCGCAAUUACAGCCACAAUUGCAGCCACAAUUACAGUCACAAUUACAGCCACAAUUAUCAUCUCAACGACCAGGAGGUGAAAUCUUCAAGGCCGUGCCUAAGCUAGAACAGCAUUACGCGAUCCAAGAAAAUCCUCAUCAUCCUGGUCCGUUCCCACCAAAUCCCACGAUAGUCCAACCAACGACGUUUCCCGAACUUUCCCAAAACCAGUUCGUAUCACCGCAAUCGUUCAAUGCCCUUCGUGAUUCUCAGCAAUUGUCUGGGAGUUUAACAAAUCAUUUUAUCUCCGGUGACGGUCUGCAGCAACAGUUAAAUACGCAACAAUUAAACCAGCACUUAAACGCGAAGCAGUCUCAUCAAAGUAGUCAGCAAAGCUUCUUCUCGCAUACGCUUCCGACAUCGCAACAACGGCCUCAAACGACCGCAACGACCACUUUCACUCAGCAACAAUCGAUAUGGGGCCGGCCAUUGUCCCAGAAUAAUCCUUUGCAGAAGAUCUACGCGACACCGGUUAGUCCCUCCGAAGAGUUCAACUCACCGCCGACCGCUAAAACGUUCUUACCGACAACUACAUUCUCGCCGAAUAAAGUGGCCAGGAUCAAGGAGAACAUUGCGAAUCUACCGGACGAGGUGCCAGAUGACAUCAGGGAGCAGCUGCUGAGCUCCGGUAUUUUAGGCAACGCCGAUAUCCAGAUCCUCGACUAUGACAAGAUCGGCGAUAUUCCGAUCGAGAAACUGCCGCCGGAAGCUCUGGCGAAUUUUUACGGCGCCGGAGGCGGUGCGGCGAUUGCCGCCGGUAGCGAGCCCGUGCCGACGAUCGUCAAAGGGCCGUUGAAGACAACGCAGAAGAAGGUGACGAGCUUGACUACCGCCGUCGCUACCACCGCUGCCAAUCGCCGUAGUAACUUGACCAAGUUCGAGCAAGCCACCUUGCGGCCCGGUGGCGUGGAGAUGAAAGUAGUACGCUUCGAUCCGAAUACGGAGCAAGGCCGGGCCGUGGCAGAGCAGCAUAUACGUGACGAUGCGACCCGGCUGGAGCCGGUGACCGUGGGAACGCGCGGGGAUGCCUCACAGUACAAUCGUUAUCUGCCACUUAAAGUGAGCGGCGCGUCCUUCGUCGACUACGACUUUCCCGGCGAGGAGAGGGAGAUCGCGGAGUCUCAGCGGCGCAGCAGGAAGACCGGCGGCGAUGCGCAGCCCGUCAGGUUUCUCGCCGGUGACACCCUCAAGCAACUCGUGAAGAAACCCACCGCGGAGAAUUAUAAGAAAUGGCUGGAACAGGAGAGCCGCACCGAGCCGCAGAGACAGUCUGUCGUUCUUCUAGUGACUAUGCCGAGAGAUGAUGACGGUCAAGGUGACAAGGAAAUCUUCAUGUACGACGUGACCUCUGGAGCCGUUAGCAAGCUAGCCGGUGAUCUCUCAACGGCCUUCGUAGACGCCGCCGAGAGCAACUCCGACGGCACCGAUUCCAUCGACGACUCUACCUUCUCGACGUUUUAAUUAGCUCAUAAAAAAAGCUAUUUCUCGAAAUAUUUAAAAAUUUAAUGUUUAAUCUACGGCCGGACGCAGAAUUUCUUUUUUGAGAGAUUGUACAACAUGGAUAUACGUAUAUUCAAGAUUUUGUCUCUGUUGCGGAUAAAGAAAGUUCUUUGCAUAACGUACUUCUCGAUUUUAACUAAACGACUUUAAUUAAAUGGAAUUUAACUUUUUUGUCGUUUCGUGAUGAAGGAGAAGGAAUUGAUUUAGGUCUGUGUGUUUCUUACGCGAUAAUGAAUGUCAAUGGUUAAA